AUGGCACACCGAGAGGAGGGUCGGCAUAUGAUCCCAGUACUUGACGGAAACAAGGUCUCGUACAGCUGGUGGAGCAUGAGGAUGAGACACUUCUUGAAGAGAAAGAAGGUCUGGGGUGUGGUGGAUCCCGACUCGGAGGAGACGGAUGAGGUGAAGAACUCAGAUGCCUACCUGUGGAUCACAGAGUAUCUCACCGGGUUCCCAAUGAAAUUGGUGCACAAGCUCAAAGGGGAUGAGGACGAGAACGCAAGAGCAGCGUGGAAGACACUGGCAAAGAUGUACGAGAGAAAGGACAAGGUGGCAAUGGUUGAGGCGAAGAUCAAGAUGUUCAACAGACAAUGGGAGCGAGAUGACACUGUGGAAUCCUUUGUGAACGACUUCAUGGAGACGCACGAGAACAUGACGAGAGCAGGUGGAGACAUGAGUGAGGAAGAUCUCAUCCAGCUCAUCAUCGUGCGCCUACCAGAGAAGUACAGAGGGGUUAAGACGGUGUUGAGGCUGACCAAAGACCUGACGAUCCAAGACAUGAUGCAUGCCCUCAAGAGCGAAGAAGACAUGACGAGCCUGAACGACCAGAGAGCAGGGCAUGUGAAAGAGAGAGUAGCGAAGGUGUAUGAGAAACCCAGAAGAGACAGCAAGCCAAAAGGAAGAAAAGAGGAAAGACGAUGCUUCUUCUGCAACAAACCAGGCCAUCUGAAGAGAGAUUGUCGAGAAUGGAAACGAGAAAGACAGAAGAAGUUCAAGGGACCACGACAGCACAGUGGCGAGAAGAUGUUCAGUCUGCGAGAAGAAGAAGAGAUGCUAUGCAGCAUUCGGGAAGAGGUUCGCAGCACACGCACGGACACGAAAGCAACUCAAGGUGCAUGGUUACUGGAUUCGGGAGCAAGCCGACACGUCACCAGCUUCAGAGAAGACCUGACGGACGUGAAAGAAACAGACACAGCAGUGACGGUGGCAGAUGGCCGAACGGUGAAAGCUCUCGGACAAGGAACAGCACACAUUCACACCAGCGCAGGUCGGGUGGUGUUGAGUGAUGUGUUGUUGAUGCCGGAAGGAUUCGAGAGAAUCAUCAGCCAAAGAAGAGUGGUGCAAAGAGGACAUCAAGUGCGCAGCAACAAAGACGGUGAUAUGGAGAUCAAGUUCAGCAAUGGAAAGAAACUCACUCUCAGUACUAUCGGAGGCAUGAGCUACUUGAUCGAUGACGAGCACGAAGUGGUGAAAGUCCUCAGCAGCACGUCAAAGACCGCGUUGCAGGAGCUGCACGAACUGUUCGCACACAGAGACAGCAAGAAGAUACGAGAAAAUGUGUGUGACACAUGCUUGAAGAGCAAGAUGAAGAGAAAGAGCAUGCCACAGCACUCUGGCAGAGACAACCAGCAAUACAAGAAGGGGCAGAUGUUAGUGGCAGACAUUGCAGGCCCCUACCCCACCUCACUCCAUGGAGGCAGAUAUGCCCUUGUCAUGAAGGAGGUGAGGACGGGGUUCGUAAUGGUGGGAGUGAUGGAGAACAAAGGAGAAGCAGCAGAGGUGGCAACGCGUUUGAUCCUAGCGGCACCGAGACAGCUAGGAGUGGGAAAAGGAUCAACGAUUAAGACGGAUAACGAAAGAGUCUUUACAUCCACAGCAUUUUCACACGCAAUGUAUGCCCUGAACAUCACCACGGCCACCUCAGCACCAUACACUCCUGAAAGGAAUGGCGACGCAGAGCGUACCAUACAAACGCUCAACAACAUGGCACGUGCCAUGUUGCAGGCGGCAUCACUGGGUGAAGAGUUCUGGGCGGCAGCGCUGCGAUACGCGGCGUACCUGAACAACUUCCUGGGGCCGUUCCGCAACAUCUUCGGCAGAAACCCUCCAAUGACGCAUUUACAGCAAUUUGGUGUAACAGCUUAUGUGAGGAACGAAGCCAGAAAGUCGAAGAUGGCACCAAGGACAACAGAAGCAAUCUAUGUGGGGUAUGAUGAACGCUCAAGAAGCCACCUUCUGUGGGAGCCAGGUAACAGACGCCUCACCCGAUCCAUCCACGUCAAGUUUUUGACAAUGGAUGAGUCGCGAGUGAGAGCUAUCGUGCCUCUCUCCACACCAGCACCUACAUUCACAUCAGCACCUACACCCAAAAGAACCACAUCAGCCUUACCUCAUGUCAAGAAAGGAGCUAAGACAGCACCUAAAGUAGCGACAGCACCCAACGCGGAAGUGGCGACACCGAAAACGAGAGCCACGAAGAAAAGGGGACAUGGGAAGGCACCAAGGUCGAUGAGAAAGGAGACAGCAUUGGGUGAAACAUCAGCAGCAGGCAAAACGACAGAAUCCUCAUCCGCAGCUGGAGAAGAGACAACAACAUUUGACGCACCAAUCACCGACACAACGGUGACACGUACAACAGCACCCUCAACCAGCAACGUGAUACCUGAGGAACGCAACAGCGUUGAGGGGGAGGGUCGGAUGACAGUAACCAGAAGUAUCCCAGCAUUCACCGCAGCUCCGCGCCGGUCCGCAAGGAUCAAAGAGAGGCAGAAGGGCGAAGAAGUGAAAGCGGUGAAAGUGAAGAAAGGAUGGGAAGAAGCGGUCGCAGAAGAGAUGAGCAGUCUUGAACGCCAUGAUGUGUGGGAUGAAGCAGUUGAGGGGGAGUAUGACGUGAAGCCAUUGAACACGAGGUUUGUGUACGCAACAAAAGGAGAUGGGCGCAGAAAGGCACGGUUGGUGGUGAUGGGGAACAUGGAACCAGACGGAAACAACGGCAAGAGCAACUACUCACCCACAGCAUCCAGAACAACAACACUUACUUUCCUGGCCCUCAACAGAGCUCGGGUGGUCCGCCAGCUGGACAUCAAGACAGCAUUCCUACACGCACCCAUACAGAGCAAGAAGCCGGUGUUGGUGAGAGGACCGGAUGGUAAGGUGUACAGACUCAAGAGGGCGUUGUAUGGUCUGAGGAGGAGCCCGCAAGACUUCAACAAGCACCUACAUCAACAACUUCAAGCUCAAGGAUGGCGGCGGGCUACACAGGACAUGUGUGUGUACUUACGGGGACGACAACAGCUUCUGGUGUUUGUCGAUGACCUGUUAGUGGCAGCAGACACAGCAGACAUUGCGGACCAGAUCGAGAAUGAGUUGAGGAAGAGGAUGGAGAUCAAGCGUGACAAGGGUGGAUGUUUUGUUGGGGUGGAAUAUAGCCUCCACAAAGGCCAGUUGCGAGCGCACGCCAACAGCUACAUCGACAGUCUUCACUUGGACAGAGUGAACACGCACACUCCGCUCACCACAGACCAUCGAUCCGCAACAGCAACCGGCUUACCUGAGAAGGAGACGGAUGCAGACAGCCGGGAUGAGUUCCAUGCGAUGGUUGGUCGUCUGACUUACAUAGCAUCAACAGCAAGGCCUGAUAUUGCGUACGCGGUGAGUGUACUGGGCGAGAAGUGCCAGAGCCCAACAGCACAGGACCAGAAGCAACUACAGCGAACCGCGCAGUACGUGGAAACACACAGGCAUGAACUACGCACGACAACCACAAGCAACGAGAUUCGAGCAUUCGCUGACGCCUCCUACGCAUGCGAGCCCGAGUCGAGAUCAAGGACAGGGGUUGUGCUUACCAUCGGAGGUCUCCCGGUGUUUUGGUCCUCGAAACGCCAGAAGAUGGUAUGCCUGUCGACAUCAGAAGCAGAGUAUGUGAGUAUGACAGAAGCAGCAAAACAGGCAAUUUGGGUGAAGAACCUAUGCGCAGAACUCGGACAGGAACAAGAGAGCGUCACCAUCUACACCGACUCACAAUCAGCUAUCGCACUCGCACAACAACAACAGCUCUCACCAAGGACAAAACACCUCGGUGUGAGGAUGUAUUUCCUCCGACAACAAGCAGACGCCGGGAACAUCAAACUGGCCUACCUGAAGACGACGCAGCAGCCCGCGGACCUUCUAACGAAGGCUCUAGGCAAACGACAACACCAACUACUGACAUCCAAGAUCAUGAAGUGGGUGUAA